ACUGGCCAGCGGAGCCCCAGCCUGCCUUCCUUCGCGCGCUCCAUCCGGUUGCAGCCCCGGCGAUAUGAGCAUCCCAGAGGCGUCUGGUGCCCCCCGACCCCGGCCAAGCCGCGGACUGUUGCUCCUGGGACUGCUGCUGCUGCUGACUGUGGCAGCCGCCGCCAGUGAUGACCCAAAAGAAAGUGAGGGAGACCUGCACUGCGUGUGUGUGAAGACCACUUCCCUCGUCCGGCCCAGGCACAUCACCAACCUGGAGCUGAUCAAGGCCGGAGGCCACUGCCCCACCGCCCAACUGAUAGCCACGCUGAAGAACGGGAGGAAACUCUGCCUGGAUCCGCAGGCGGCCCUGUACAAGAAAGUGAUCAAGAAACUCCUGAAGGAGUAGCUGCUUGCUGCCUAAAUCUGUUUGUUUGCUCUAGCGCCUGUUUGGUUAUUUUUUCCCCCUUCACUUUCACCUAACUGUCCAAGAGUCCUCUGAUGUUUAUAUCAUCUUUCAAAUCUUAAAUAAAAAACUAAUAUAAACCAGA